AUGUCUUAUUCGCAAACGGCAGUUCGCUUCUUUGAAAGGCCUAAACCACUGGGUGAUGCCAUGGACACCGACUCAAACUCAAAGGUGUCUGGCUCUGGCUCUGAUGCCCAGUCUCAGAGCCACACCGUCGUCAGGCCGAAUGUCUCGACGAAGCAAUCUUCUUCGGGGGUUGCAGAACUGCACAGCUCUAAGAGUCAGGGCUUGACCUUUGCAAACCAGGAUUCUUUGCCCAAGCUUCCGAUUCCUGAUCUUGAAGAUACCUGUCGCAGGCAUCUUGAUGCCCUGCAGGCGCUGCAGGGUCCACGGGAGCAUGAAGAUACUAAGGCUGCUGUGAAGGAUUUCUUGAAGAAUGAUGGGCCAAUCUUGCAGGAGAAGUUGAAGACUUAUGCUGGGUCGAAGACUAGUUAUAUUGAACAGUUCUGGUAUGAUUCAUACUUGAACUUUGAUAAUCCUGUUGUUCUCAACCUUAAUCCAUUCUUCCUUUUGGAAGAUGACCCGACGCCCGCUAGAAACCACCAGGUGACUCGCGCUGCCUCUUUGGUUAUUUCGGCCUUGGCGUUCGUCAGGGCUGUGCGUCGGGAAGAGUUGCCUCCUGAUACUGUCCGAGGGACUCCUCUCUGCAUGUAUCAGUACUCGCGCCUUUUUGGAACCGCUCGUCUUCCCACGGAGAAUGGCUGUGUCAUUAGCCAGUAUCCCUCGGCCAAGCACUUAGCUGUCAUGUGCCGUGGCCAGUUCUACUGGUUUGACGUCUUGGAUGAUAACAGUGACUUGAUUAUGAGUGAGAAGGAUAUCUCGCUUAAUCUGCAGACCAUUAUUGAAGAUGCUGCCCAGACACCCCUUCAUCACGCGGCAAAGGGCGCUUUGGGCGUUCUCAGUACGGAGAACCGAAAAGUUUGGUCUGGGCUGCGGGAUAUCAUGACCAAGGAUCCGAGCUCCAAUAACGCUGAGUGCUUGAAUAUCGUUGAUACCGCGCUCUUCAUGCUGUGUCUUGAUGACACGGAGCCAGAGACCACAGCUGCCCUCUGUGCCAACAUGCUCUGCGGUACAAGUGAGGUGAUUAAAGGAGUUCAAGUUGGAACUUGCACCAACCGGUGGUAUGACAAGCUCCAAAUCAUAGUGUGCAAAAACGGCAGCGCGGGUAUCAACUUUGAGCACACUGGCGUAGAUGGACACACUGUUCUCCGCUUCGCCAGUGAUGUGUACACCGACACGAUUUUGCGCUUCGCUAAAACCAUCAACGGCCAAGCACCAAGCCUCUGGGCAACUAGUAGCCCAGAUCCAGCUAAGCGGGAUCCACGCAGUUUCGGCAAUGUCAGCACCACACCCCGCAAGCUUGAAUGGGACAUGACUCCUGAGCUCAACAUUGCUCUCCGCUUUGCUGAAUCUCACCUCUCCGACCUUCUCUACCAGCACGAAUUCCAGGUCCUCGACUUCGAAGGCUUUGGCAAGAACUUCAUUACCUCGAUGGGCUUCUCACCCGAUGCCUUUGUCCAAAUGGCCUUCCAAGCCGCCUACUACGGUCUUUACGGCCGAGUCGAGAAUACUUACGAACCAGCCAUGACAAAGAUGUUCCUCCACGGUCGCACAGAAGCAGUACGAACCGUCACACCAGAGGUGGUAGACUUUGUCACAGCCUUCUGGGGCGAGAACGCAGCUGAACAAAAGGUCGAUUCCCUGCGCGCAGCCUGUCAAAAGCACACGGCCGUAACAAAAGAAUGCUCCAAAGGCCAAGGCCAAGACCGCCAUCUCUACGCCCUCUACUGCCUCUGGCAACGCUCCUUCGACGAAGGCCUCUUCCCAGACGCAAGCUCAACAGGCGGCUACUCAAGCCCGGGCGAAGCCUCCUCGCCCCCAGGCCCAGAGUCCCCGAAACCGCUCUCCGAACCACCCUACUCGGACGAUGGCAUGUCCUCACCAAGCGGAAGUAGCACCCGUUACCGCACAACAACAGCGCCUACACCGGCUAUCUUCAGCGACCCAGGCUGGGACAAGAUCAACAAUACUAUCCUCUCAACCUCGAACUGCGGAAACCCGUGUCUGCGCCACUUCGGCUUCGGUCCAACAUCCGCCGACGGCUUCGGAAUCGGCUAUAUCAUCAAAGAUGAUUCGAUCUCUUUCUGUGCUUCUUCUAAGCAUCGUCAGACGUCUCGUCUUAUGCAGACACUUGAAUCUUACCUCUUUGAGAUAAGGAAAUUGCUGCGCGCUACUAAUCGCAAGACUACAAGUCCGCGUACUAGCCGUGCUCGUGAGACCGAAGCCCUGGCUGAGGGUUUGCAAGCUGAGUCGAACAGGCGCGGGAGGAUUGUUCGUCCUGGUGGUGAUCGGGCUGGUGCUGAAACGCCUACUUCUGCGGCUGAUAGUGCGUAUAUGGAGGAUGAUGGGAUGGGUGGAUACGGUUUCUUCGAUGCCGGUAUGCUCCUUCAUGCUUUGAAGGGUCUUAAUGCCGAACGGGAAUCGCGUGGUGAAAAGCCGGCUAGGAGACGGUUUGUCGGCAAGAAGCUUCAUCUAAAUGAUAAAGACCAAAUAACCCAGUUGAAUAUAACAAAGCAGCACUCGACUCCAUCGGCAAUGUCCCUCCACUCCCUCCCAAAGCGCCCUCCCACAACACCAUGGCGCACAUCCAGGCGUCUAACAAGAAGUUUCACAAGCACCCGCCGCGUCACGGGCUACGCGGAUACAUUGUCUAAUUUGAAAAUCGGGGCGCAUACUAGGGUUUUGUUUCAGGGGUUUACAGGAAAACAAGCAACAGCAAACGUCAAGGAAUCCCUGGAAUGGGGAACUAAGAUUGUUGGUGGUGUUAAGCCCGGUGUUGAGGGUGAACAUUUGGGAUUACCGGUUUUUCCGUCUGUUAGGGUGGCCCAAGAAAAGUCCAAACCAGACGCCUCAGCCAUCUACGUCCCAGGCGCCCAAACAGCCCAAGCAAUCGAGGAAGCCAUUGAAGCAGAGAUUCCGCUUGUCGUUGCUGUUGCGGAGCAUGUUCCCAUACAUGACAUUCUGCGCAUCCACUCAAUCCUCGCCACCCAAUCCAAAACCCGCCUCGUAGGCGCCAACUGCCCAGGCAUAAUCUCCGCCAUAGGCAAAUGCCGCAUAGGAUUCCAGCCACUGCCCUGCUUCGCGCCGGGUAAUGUAGGCAUAGUGGCUAAAUCGGGCACGUUGAGUUACGAGACUGUUGCUUCGACGACGCGCGCCGGGCUGGGUCAGAGUCUUUGUAUUAGUAUGGGUGGGGAUGUGCUUGCUGGAACUAAUUUCGUUGAUGGGUUGAGGGUUUUUGAGGAUGAUCCUGAUACUGAAGGGAUUAUUAUCGUUGGGGAGAUUGGAGGGACGGCGGAGUUGGAUGCUGCUGAGUGGAUUAAAGACUAUCGGGGGAGGGUGGUGGAUCCGAAGCCUAUUAUGGCGCUUGUGGGUGGGCGUGAGGCUCCCCCUGGAAGGAUUAUGGGGCAUGCUGGGGCUUGGGCUGCACCUGGUGAACCUGAUGCUGAGACUAAGUACCGUGCGCUUGAGCGUGCUGGUGCUGUAAUGGUUGACCAUCCUGAGAAGUUUGGUGCUGGGAUGAAGGUGCUCUUGAAUAGUCGGGCUAAUCGCCCGGGGAUGAGUUCAAUCGCCGGAGCAGGCUCCCAGAAGCGAGGUCUACACACCAUGAGACGAGUUACCCUAGUCUCGAGGCCCAUCCCCAGCCAAAAACGCAGUCUAUACAUCAAGCAGUUCCAGGCAUUUGAUCUCCUCAAAGAAAAGUCAGUUUCGGUCAAAGAGGCAGCCUCGGGCUCUGAUAUCUCUGUUUCAAUUGCUGUCGAUCGAACAGCCUUGUCGCCAUGCAUUAUCGCAUCUCCAACUGCCGAAUUUAACCUGGCAAAGUCGCGCAGGUUUCCUUUUCCAUAUGCCCAAACCAAGUUUGAUGGAAGCCCUAUCAUUGCCGACGCUGCUUCCCAUUUAGGUCUAUCGGUUUCUGGUAAUGAGAAGCUUGCCGGUUUAGUUCAAUCCCUUUGGGAAAUCUAUAAAGAGAAAGAAGCCUUCGUCCUGGAGACACGGGUUGGUAGGUCUUCUGAUGGAUCCUUGGAAGUCCACGGUGCUCGAUUUGGGUUCGAUGAUGCGGCAUAUCGCAGCUCGGGUCGUCAGGCAGAUAUUCACAAGCUGAGAAAUACUUCCGAAGAAGUUCCGGAAGAAGUUGAAGCUGAGAAGGAUGGAAUCGUCUAUAUCAAGCUUGAAGGCGAAGGCAGUGUUGGCACACUAGUGAACGGAGCUGGCCUCGCCAUGAACACAGUAGACGCCCUAACAAUCCAGGGAGGCCACUGCGCCAACUUCCUUGACACGGGUGGCAAAGCCACAUCUGAAACAGUCAAGUCGUCAUUUCGAGUAAUUUGUUCUGACACACGCGUCAAAGCGAUUUUCGUCAACAUCUUCGGCGGAUUAACGCGCUGUGAUAUGAUUGCUGACGGAAUUAUCUUGGCGUUCCGGGAUUUGAAUAUGAAGGUUCCUGUUGUUGUGCGGUUGCGUGGUACGAAUGAGGAAUUGGGGCAGAAGAUGAUUGCGGAGAGUGGGCUUCCUUUACAUGCUUUUGAUGGGUUUGAGGAGGCUGCUAGGAAAGUUGUUGCUUUGGCAAAGGAGUAG